AAUAUUUUGCUGCACUAACCAUAAAUAAAAAAGUACAGAAAAGCAGAGAUGAAAAUAGAGGAAGAACGAAAAUAAAAAUCUACAAAAACCUGGCCCAAACAAUGGGGCGCGCACACAAACAAAUUGAGCAAGAAUAACAACGAAUGAAAAAAUAUUUCCAUGCGACAAUUGCAAAAGUGUCAAGGUGCAGGCGGCGCCAGCCACAACCAAAAAAAAAAAUAAGGAAAAUACCCAGCAAAAUAGAUAAAAAGGGCUGUGGAAAACUGGGGCAAUAAAACGCGGUGCCAAUCUUUUAUAACCCCUUCAACCCAUCGCCCAUACAAAAAAAAUCGAAAGUUUCCCCAACUUUGUGUGCUAAAUUCACAGAAUGAGCGAACACUUUUUAUGCCUGGCAUAUUUUUAAUGCAUUUUGUGUGCGGUGUGUUUGCUUACUGAUAGGGAAAUAUCAGUUGAAUGCCAGCAUUUAGCAGUCAAAGUUGCCUGGGGAACGACUGUCAUUUAGUGGGUUUUAAGUGAGAUUUUAAGCGGAAGCACAGAGGAAAGUGUCGGGAUAGAUAGGGCUGAAAAAAUUCUUAUUAAAGUUACGUUGUUGGUGAUGAAAGCACUGCUUUGACGUUUGCCAAAAUAUAUUUUUCAAAACAAUUGAUUUUUAGCAUUUAAAAUUUCUAAACUUUAACUUAAUUUUCUCUCUGCACUAUAGCAAUGGCAAACUUUUGACAGAUUUUCCUGUUCACUCAGGCAGCCAAAACAUAUAAAUCUAGAAACUCCACCGUCUAGUUCUGGCAAUGCAUUAAAUCAAUAUCUCACCCACUGUCAAUUCAGUUUUGUUUGUUCAUCUAACUGCUGCUGGGGAAAAGUUUCCCUGCAUAAUUGCAAACGAAGCGAUGGAGAAAAAUUAAUGAACUUCCGAGAGAAAAUGUUGGUGGUAGUGGCGGGAAAUUGAGGGAAAUCCAAAUCCAAGGCAUAAAUAUCAUGCACGACUGCGAAAUUCUCAUCUUAGUUUCGAAUUGAUGAGAAGGAAAGUUUUUGCGUGCGCGGGGCUGGAUGAUUUUCCGCAAACAUUUUCCGCUCACCAUGGAAAACUUGCUCAUUAAGGUGCCGAUGAGAAUUUUGCGUAAAAUUCCCCAAACGAUGCCAGAUUAUUAAUAACUCUUCUGCGUGUGUAAAUGUAAAUGUGCCUAGGUUCGUGUAAAUAUUUGCCUUUUUCUCAUUAAAGUUUCACGCAUAUAUCACGCAUACGCCGCGUUGUGAACAAUUAGUUGCAAUUUAUACGCCCUUAUACAACAGCCGAGCACUCGGCUUAAUGAUACUUAAUGUGUAAAUCAUUAUAAUAAAUUACAUGCACAAGCGAUGAUAAAAAUAAUCCAGAGCCAAGAAAAAUACAAAUAAACCAACCCAAUCCGCAUAAUGUGUGCCCCAACAUGGCCUCUAUAUAUAUACUAUAAAGCGCAGUGCAAACAGCGCCAAGUUGGGAUUUAAGAGUGGGUCCUUAUGCACGCAUUAGACAUAAAGGCCAUAGACAUUAGUGCGCAUAAUGAAAAGCAUUUCACAGCCAAGAGUGCGUCACACGAUAAUGAUGAUAAUAAUGGCAAUGCCAAAGCAGCCGCAACAUCAAACAGACACUGAAACCGGCAAAACAAAAAAAAAAAAACAAAAUAAAAUCAAGAUAACACUCAGAGAGAGGGCAAGAGAGAGAGGAAAACGCUCCACAAGUUAUGAAAGCUUUGACUCCUAACCAUCCUCAAGCUAUCAGCUGUUAACCAGCUGUUGUGGCCACCAAUGUUUUGGGUAAUUUUCAGAUAAAACCUUUCUGCUCAGAGACAAAACUUCCCUUGACGGAAAUAAAACCCAAAACAUUUCUCUCAGAUGCUUGGAUGCUGAGUUGCGCAUGUUGAGAGGAGAGUUGGAAAUCUGCUCUCUCACAGAUUUUAUAGCAAAGCUCCGGGACGUUUAUCUGAACAUGGACCAGCAUCCUGUCCGACCAGUAGCGGAGCAACUUUGAAGCGUUACGGUUGGUCGCGAUUUGCAAUCGGAAAAGCUAACGUACAGGACCUCAAAAGUUCACCCGGUCGAAGUGUGUUUACAUUGUUUGCAAACUAAAUACAAACAAAGUAAAAUUCAUGAAAAACAAACAAAAAGCGACAAAGUGAAAUUAACAAAAAAAAUAAACACAAAAACGGAAAAGUGCAAACAGAGAGCCAAGGCCGAAGUAAAAACGGUGAACCCAAACAAAUAAUUUGAAAUUAAAACUAACACGAAAAGCAGAUACCUCGGAUCGAAUCGAAGGACAAGGGAGUUUUGGACCGAAGUUUCUAUUUGCAUUCGCCAUGAGCGGAUAUUUAUAAAAAUAGGAAAAGCCAAACAAAAAUAAAUAUACAAAUUUGUGAAUCGAGGAGAAAACCAUUCCAAACGGGAUUUUUAAACUGAGAAAAAUGUGGAAAAUCUGCAUUUUUACAUUGGUAAUUGCGGUGGUGGCUGCAACAACAACGGAAACCAUAACAAAUGACUUGACGGCAAAGAGCAACCGAACGCUGUUGAAAAUUUCCACGGACGAGCCGAGGGAAUUUUCAACUGUGGGCGGGUCAACCUCAACGGCCACGCCCACCACGACGGCCACAACCAGCACAACAACAACCAGAGCAACAACUGUAUCCGAGGAAAAUGUAGAAACACCAACAACACUCGGUCUAAUGACAACCACAGAAAAGAUGGAACCAAACGUUUUGGGUGAAAUAGGCAGCAGGAUCCGGGAUGCACUGCAUCGCAUUAAACUGAGCGAAAAGCCAGUGGAUGGUACAACGACCACUGAGCAACCAGAAGCCGUGGAUCAGGAUGACCAAGAGGAGGAGGAAGUAACGCCAACAAUUUCACCGUUGCAAAUUCAAAUGCAGGCCGCUGCCUCGUAUCAAGUAGCCGAAACGUUAGCCGAUUUAAAUGAGGAGGAACGAGCCAGAUACGAUGCCAUGUUGGCCCAACAGCCCACGGCCAGUAAACUGAAUAUAGUCGAUCUAUAUCCACUGAAACUUGAUGAUUUUCAACCAAUAAUACAGAAUGACAAUGAUGAGUUGAUCAAACAGAGGACCAUCUUUACACAGCCUGAAAAUGCCGAGGAAUACAAACAGAAUCUAAUGCCCAAUGAAGUGGAGUUGAUGGUCAACAAAGAUGUUGAUGAGGUAAAGGAGAAAAUCAAAAUAAAUAAAGAAAAACUAGAGAGGCCUACCACAGUGAAACCCACAACCAUUCGACCGAAUCUAGGAACCACAGCCGAUUUCACAGGCAAACUGCUGGCCGAUCAAGAUGAUCUUAUAACCGAGAUUGAGAGUAAAUUCCAGUUACAUGAGACAACAACGAAUAAGCCCAAGGUGACGACGACUAGGCAGCAUCCUGGGAAUACAUUUAUCGAUCGACGGGUUAAGAAGAGCUUUGAGUUUCCCAUGCAACAUCGUGCCAGCGAUGUGAUGGCCAUGCCGCACAUUGACUUUGCCAACACCAAGUUCCAAACGGAUGCUGAUGCUCCAAAUCCGCCAGCCUCGCAUCCCGAAUUCUCUACCACAAAGUUCUACAACAGCAAGGAGCUGUACAACGAAAUGCUGCUGCACAAUAAGCGCAAGUUAAUGAAGGCAGCCAAGGCUGAAGGCAGUCCGAUAAAGUCAGCGGAGGAUACAACUCGGGCCACAACAAACUUGAACGUGACGCCCGAAGGGAAAACUUUUAACCCAACCACAACUACAACGACUGGAACCACCAUCUUGACAGCAACAAGAAUUAUACAAACAACAACAACAACACCAGUUAAAGUAACAACUUCAACUGCUGAGUCAACGGCCACAACAGCAACAACCACUGGCAGUCCAACAGCAACAACAAACGCUGGAAAAUAUCAGAAAGAGCUUAAGCGUGCCAAAUUAUUGCUCAAGGUCCUGACACCGCCAAAGUCGAAUGACAACAAACCGACAGUUGCCGGGGAAUCCCCAUCCCCAUCCCCAUCCCUAUCAUCCUACUCAUCGACCACUACCACCACGAUGGCCACUGUCCUGGCCACGGCCAGGACUCGUCCUUCACCGGCUAAUCCCACUAAGACCGCCGCCUCAAAGCCAAUUGCCCGGCCGCGCAUCCUGAGUCGCCUGCAGGAGAAAAUCAAUUCGCUCGAAUGCGAGAUCCCCAAUGUGCCGCAGGACUCGCAUCUGUGGCGCGGCAAUGAGACCCACGAACUGCUGCUGCCCAUUGUGGUGAGUCCACUUCAAGAACUUUCCAUAGACUUAAGUUUAUAA